CAUACCAAGAGUGUUGAGCAGACUACCAAGACGGCACAGACGGAAGUGAGAGCCGUGGAAACAACGGCCACCUUUACUCAUCACAUCCACUUACAACUCAAGAACUUUGGCUGCUGCACCGGGGAUGAAGCCCAGGCCUUCUUCGCACUGUACGACGCCAAGAACAACAAGUUUAUCAGCGAGCGCUAUCUUGCCAAGUUCAACAAGCAGGGGGUGCCGAACAACUUUGAAAAGAUCGGCAACCAGUGCACGAUAUUCUGUGAUUUAAGCAACAAGGACUUGGGCAGGGACCUGUACCUAACCUGCCACAUCAUCCGGGUAGGAUCCAUGCUGUCCACAAACAAGAAGCAUGCCUCCAACUUCAGAAGACCUUACGGUUGCGGCGUGUACAGCCUGGCGACUGUUUUGACAGAACCAUUCCAUGACAUGUCGUCUUCAACCAAGGAAGUUGACACUGUCAUGAAGAUUUAUCAGGGAUCAGCAGAGGCGGAGUUUUACCAGCUACACGAGAACAUCAUCCGCAAGCACGCCCACAAGACGGGCACGACCAGCACCACCAAUAUAGGCAUCUCGCUGUGUCUGCGCAUGCUUCACGGCAACUUUGACCAGCUCAAACGGGACAUGCCGCUGCUGUUUCGUGUCUCUACCACGCGCAAGCUCGGCUUCUCUGAUGUCAUCAUGCCCGGCGACGUGAGGAAUGACCUGUAUCUGAUGCUUGACAGGGCAGAGUUUGAGAGAGGGCGCAAGACAGCCAGCCGGAAUGUGGAAGUCACUGUGCACGUCCUAGAUGGCAAUAACAAGAAGAUGAAAUGCAUCUGGCUGGGCGGGGAUGAGGACGAGACAGACGAGUACCGGUCCACCAUCUACUACCACACCAACCAACCCCACUGGGUGGAGAACAUCCGGCUCAGCAUCCCCAUGGAGAUGUUCAAGGAUACCCACAUCCGACUGGAGUGUCGUCACUGCUCCACCACCCGCGGGGAGCGCAGUCUGUUUGCCAUUGCCUUCAUGAGGUUGAUGAAGGAAGACGGGACCACUAUGGAGGACAGUGAGCAUGAGCUAUUUGUCUACAAGUGCUCUGAAAAUCAGGACUUCGGCGACAUGUCGUACCUGAACCUGCCGUUCUGCACCCAGGAGAUCGCCAGCCGGGCUUCCCCGGUGUUCGGCAACCACACCUACAGUAGGAACAUGAAGGAAUCGCUGGUAGUCAGCACCAUCAUCUGCUCCACCAAGCUCACGCAGAAUGGUAAGACCAAGGCCUAAAAUCAGCAUUGCUGU